GAGAAAGAGAGACGUUGCCGUCGGUGAAUCGCAACAUAGCAAAGGCCGAAGAAGGGUGGUGCGCGGUGCGUUACAGCGCCUUUCAACAUGGCACCGAGCCGCGUCUGAGUUCUCUCCGAGAGAAAAAUGUGCGAGGUUUUGGGGGUGCGCAGGAGUGCCGGGUAGCUCGUCCACGAAGGAGAGUUCCUCUCCACCGAGAAAGUUAGUUCGCGAGUGCGCGAGUUCCCGGAGAAGAGACGCCUCUCUCCGUCUUGGAGGAAAGAGAAAUCAUGUCCGAGUAUCGCACGGGGCAGGCCAAUCCGGUAGCGGUCAUUCUACCCCGUGUCGAGUGACAGGCUGCUUACGUAACGGAUUAUUCUCGCUAUGAUAACGACACUCCAGACGCGAGCGCGAUACGUCGUGAGGCAGCAGCAGCGGAUCAGCAUCAGCGUCGUCGCCGGGAGUGUCGUCGACGCGACGGCGCAGACCCCGACAGAAAUAAUAAUACGCCGACCCGAAUCCUGGUCGUAUCGCCGUCUCUGAUACCCGUCCCUUGAACGGACGUUGCUGAACGUCGCGGCGCCCCAGAUCAUCCUCAGCCUCCGCCGCGGAGACACCUGGACCGAGGGCGAGGAAUUAUGACAGCGGCAGUCGUCAUGGAAAACGUUAACUGUGAUCCCGCAUUGUCCAAGCUGCUAAACUCGCUGCAGGAAAAUAAAUCGGAAAUACCCAGCUGCACCGAGGAGGAAUUUGGAUUUCUAAGCGAACUGCUACAAUCGAAGGAACUUAAUGCUCUGGUGAACGUACAUAAUAAAAUUCUCAACAAUGUCAAGGACGAUAAAUUCUUUCCCGUACUAUCAAAUUCAAUGGAUAUCGACGUCGAAGUCCUCGAUCUAUUAUCGACUAAAACACACAUUUCGUCCGAAUGGAAGGAACUUUUUCAUCUGCUGCAGAAACCGCAUAUUCAGGGUCUCCUCUGCGCUCACGACGCGGUGGCACAAAAGGACUAUUAUCCUAGACUGCCGGAAAUCCCGUUGGAAGUGGACGAAGACGAGGAGACGGUGAAGAUCGUCCAGCUGGUGAAGUCGAACGAGCCCCUGGGCGACGCUGGCGUUGAACCGAUCGUGGGGGCGACCAUAAAAACCUGCGAGGUCACGGGCAAGAUUGUGAUCGCGCGGAUAAUGCACGGCGGUGCGGCUGACAGAUCCGGUCUCAUCCACGUGGGUGACGAAGUCUGCGAAGUCAACGGUAUCAGCGUCGAGGGAAAAACGCCUAGUUUCGUUCUACAUAUUUUGCAAAAUUCGGAAGGGACAAUCACUUUCAAAAUAGUGCCCGCAGAUAGUAAAAGCGGAGUGAGAGAGAGCAAGGUUCGCGUGAGAGCGCAUUUUUCGUAUGUGGCAGCCGAGGAUCCUUAUAUUCCUUGCAAGGAAGCAGGAUUAGACUUCGUCCAGGGAGAUGUCCUACACAUCGUCAGCCAGGAUGAUGCCUACUGGUGGCAAGCCAGGCGAGAAGGCGAUCGAAAUAUGAGAGCGGGCUUGAUCCCCAGCAGAGCUCUGCAAGAACGUAGGAUUCUUCUUGAAAGGCAGCAGAAGGAGAAGCCUGACGAAGAUAAUAUAAGCUUGUGUUCUGUUCCAGUGCCUUUGCCCGCAUUGUGCCCCCGUCCCAGUACCUCUUUGCACGCCUCGCCCACAAAGUGCAACUUGCAGGGAACUAAAACUAAAAAAAUCAUGUAUGACGCUGCAGAGAACGACGACUUCGACCGGGAAGAGGUACCGACCUACGAAGAGGUCGCGAAACUCUAUCCAAGGCCAGGUCUAUAUCGACCGGUGGUUCUCCUCGGGCCACCGGGAGUCGGCAGAAACGAACUCAAAAGGCGGCUCAUGGCGACCGAUCCCGAAAAGUAUAAGACUCCUGUGCCCUAUACAUCUAGAUCACCGCGACCAGGUGAAAUAAACGGCAAGGAGUAUCACUUUGUGACUCGGGAGAAUAUGGAAGAGGACAUCAACGCUGGAAAGUUCAUCGAAUACGGCGAGUACAAGGGAAACCUGUACGGUACCAAUUGCGAAAGCGUCAGUUCGCUCGUGAACGCCGGAUACGUGUGUCUCUUGAAUCCUCAUUAUCAAGCUCUUAAGAUGUUAAGGACACCGCAAUUAAGGCCAUAUGUCAUAUACAUAAAACCGCCAAAGUUUGAAGUGCUAAAGGAAACCAGGAACGAGGCCAGAGCGAGAUCGACCUUCGAUGAGAACAAUGCUCGAGGCUUUACGGAUGAAGAAUUCCAUGAGAUCUUGCACAGUGCAGAGAGAAUAGAAUUCUUGUACUCUCAUCUCUUCGACGAAACGAUAGUGAAUGCUGAUCUUCCGAUGGCAUUCGAGCAGCUAGUCAGUGCGAUUCAUCGGGUCGAAUCCGAACCGCUUUGGGUACCAGCCUCGUGGGUUCAAUAAAAUGAUAGUUUUCAAGGUUUGAAGGACAAAGCAUCCCGAAGAAAGAGUGGAAGAGAAAGAGUUUCGUCGUUAAAGAUGCACGUCAUGGUGUGACGAGAUCGAGCGUUUCUCACCUCUUUACUUCCACUUUCGGUCCACAAAGGACGCACGUAUUUCUCUAUCCUCUCACCGAAUUGCAAUUUACCACCUAGUGUGUUACCGCGUCUUUAAAGAGAUUUCGUACUUCGAGCGUUUGCGAGUCUUUGUCGGUUUCAAAGACGAAUUAAAUAAAAUUUUCUAUUACGGGAUGCCAUCGUUCGUUGUUGGUAAUGGUUGUAAUCGCGAUGAUUCAUCUAUGGUGAUGUAUUUCCUCGACGACAUUGUUGCCAUAAAUUAAGUAGCCAAGUA